AUGCUGCUCCGCGAGCUCCUCUCCGACAACCAGCUCAAGCGAUACUCGACCAUCGUUCUCGACGAGGCUCACGAGCGCACCCUUCGGACCGAUGUCUUGUUUGGCAUGAUCAAGUCGAUCCAGCGCGAGCGACCUGAUUUGAGGGUGGUGGUGAUGUCGGCAACGCUGAAUGCCGAAAAGUUUUCCAAGUUUUUCGGAAACGCCAAAAUUCUUCACAUCCACGGCCGGCAGUUCCCGGUCGAGAUCUUCCAUGCACCCGAACGACUGGAGGACCACGUCGACUCGGCCCUUGUCUCAAUCUUCCAGACGCACCUGGAGCAGCCGCCGGGAGAUAUCCUGGUCUUUCUCACAGGCCAAGAAGAAAUCGAAAACCUCGAAAAGCUCAUUGGAGAGCAUACGCACGAUCUGCCCCACGAUGCCGAUAAGAUGUUGGUGUGUCCUAUCUUUGCAGCCAUGCCAACAUCGCAGCAGUCUAGGGUCUUUGAGCCAACACCACACGGAACCCGCAAGAUCAUCCUCUCGACCAACAUUGCCGAGACAAGUAUCACCAUCAGUGGCGUUCGAUAUGUCAUCGAUACGGGACUGGCGAAGGUGCGGAGCUACAACCCAAAGAUAGGACUCGAGAGCUUGAAGAUUGAGCCCAUCAGCAAGGCAUCGGCCAGCCAGCGAACAGGCCGUGCCGGUCGUGAGGCGCCUGGCAUCUGCUUCCGACUCUAUCCCGAAGAGGAUUAUCUCCAGCUGGAUGAAGAGACCGAGCCUGAGAUAAAGCGCGUAAAUCUUGCCAGCGUGCUGCUGCUGCUGAAAGCCUCGGGUGUGAGCGAUAUUUUUAACUUUGACUAUAUAGACCGCCCCUCGCGCGACGGAUUGGUCAGAGCGCUGGAGCAGCUGUAUGCCCUCAGUGCUCUCGACGAGCGCGGACAGCUUACCGAACUGGGCCGCCAGAUGUCGCUGUUCCCGCUGGACCCGCAGUUCUCAAAAGUCCUGAUCAAAUCAAAGGUCCUCAAGUGCACUUUCGAGGCGAUUGCGAUCGUGUCGCUGUUGUCCGUGGACAACGUGUUCUAUACUCCCAACAACAAGCGCGAGGAGGCUGCCGAGGCCAAGAAAAAGUUCCUGAACUAUGACGGAUGGCUCCAUCACUCCCCAGGCGACCAUUUGACACUACUGAAUGCGCUGCAAGCGUACCAGUCCGUGGACUCGGCACCGGGUACCUGGUGUCAGGACAACUUUAUAUCGCACCGAGCGCUCAAGCAGGCCCUCGAAAUCCGGACGCAGCUGAAUGAGCUCUGUGAGCAAGUCGGCAUCGACCACAGGAUCUCGAGCGGAAGCAACUCAAGCGAGGCUGUGCUGCGGUGCUUCCUGGAAGGGUGGUUCACGAACGUGGCUGUCCGGGAACCCAAUGGCGUGUACAGAACAUUGGUGCAUCGCCAGGAGGUACAUAUCCACCCGUCUUCGGUGCUGUUCAAUCGCAAGCCCACUGUCCUGAUGUUUACUGAGCUGGUCCACACGUCCAAAAAGUAUAUGCGCAACGUCUCGGAGAUCCAGCUCGACUGGGCCAUUCAAGCGGCCCCACAGUACUACUCUCGGACAUCGGGCUGA